CUUUCAAUCUCCGCCCCUUUACGGCACGAUGGUCGCACAAGAAUGUGAUAGAGGCUCCGCGGCCGCCAUUUUCUUUCUUUCUUAGCAGUUGGCUGAGAGAAGGUCUGUGUGGAGAGCGGUAGCAGCCACGGUAGGGUAGAGAUGGCAGACUAUUCAACAGUCCCUCCACCCUCCUCUGGCUCAGCUGGCGGUGGAGGCGGCGGCGGCGGCGGCGGAGGCGUUAACGAUGCUUUCAAAGAUGCGCUGCAGAGAGCCCGGCAGGUAAGCCGGGGCCGCGCGGCGGGAUCCCGACGGCUCACGAUUGCAGCAAAAAUUGGAGGUGAUGCUGGUACAUCACUGAAUUCAAAUGACUAUGGUUAUGGGGGACAAAAAAGACCUUUGGAAGAUGGAGAUGGCUCUUGGACAAGUCCGAGCAGUACAACACACUGGGAGGGAAUGCCCUCUCCUUUUAAAGAUCAACCAGAUGCUAAGAAAGUUGCUCCUCAAAAUGACUCUUUUGGGACGCAGUUACCACCGAUGCAUCAGCAGCAAAGCAGGUCUGUAAUGACUGAAGAAUACAAAGUUCCAGAUGGAAUGGUUGGAUUUAUUAUUGGCAGAGGAGGUGAACAAAUCUCACGUAUACAGCAGGAAUCUGGAUGCAAAAUACAGAUUGCUCCUGACAGUGGUGGCCUUCCAGAAAGGUCUUGUAUGUUAACUGGAACACCUGAGUCUGUCCAGUCAGCAAAACGAUUACUGGACCAGAUUGUUGAAAAAGGAAGACCAGCCCCUGGCUUCCAUCAUGGUGAUGGACCAGGAAAUGCAGUUCAAGAAAUAAUGAUUCCAGCUAGCAAAGCUGGAUUAGUUAUUGGAAAGGGGGGAGAGACUAUUAAACAACUUCAGGAACGGGCUGGAGUUAAAAUGGUUAUGAUUCAAGAUGGACCUCAGAACACUGGUGCUGACAAACCUCUUAGGAUUACUGGAGAUCCAUACAAAGUUCAACAAGCCAAGGAAAUGGUGUUAGAGUUAAUUCGUGAUCAAGGUGGUUUCAGAGAAGUUCGAAAUGAGUAUGGGUCAAGAAUUGGAGGAAAUGAAGGGAUAGAUGUCCCCAUUCCAAGAUUUGCUGUUGGCAUUGUAAUAGGAAGAAAUGGAGAGAUGAUUAAAAAAAUACAAAAUGAUGCUGGUGUUCGAAUUCAGUUUAAGCCAGAUGAUGGAACAACACCUGACAGGAUAGCACAAAUAACAGGACCUCCAGACCGAUGUCAACAUGCUGCAGAAAUUAUUACAGACCUUCUUAGGAGUGUUCAGGCUGGUAAUCCUGGUGGACCUGGACCUGGUGGUCGAGGGAGAGGUAGAGGUCAGGGCAACUGGAACAUGGGACCACCUGGUGGACUUCAGGAAUUUAAUUUCAUUGUACCAACUGGGAAAACUGGAUUAAUAAUAGGAAAAGGAGGUGAAACCAUAAAAAGCAUAAGCCAACAGUCUGGUGCAAGAAUAGAACUUCAGAGAAAUCCACCACCUAAUGCAGACCCUAAUAUGAAGUUAUUUACAAUUCGUGGCACUCCACAACAAAUAGACUAUGCUCGGCAACUCAUAGAAGAAAAGAUUGGUGGCCCAGUAAAUCCUUUAGGGCCACCUGUACCCCAUGGGCCCCAUGGUGUCCCAGGGCCCCAUGGGCCUCCUGGGCCUCCUGGGCCUGGAGCUCCAAUGGGACCAUACAACCCUGCACCUUAUAAUCCAGGACCACCUGGCCCUGCUCCUCAUGGUCCUCCAGCCCCUUAUGCUCCCCAGGGGUGGGGAAAUGCAUAUCCACACUGGCAGCAACAGGCCCCUCCUGAUCCAGGCCUCUUUCACUGGAGUAGUUUCAAGGAAGCUAAGGCAGGAACCGAUCCAAAUUCCGCAGCUUGGGCUGCGUAUUAUGCUCACUAUUACCAACAGCAAGCACAGCCACCACCUGCAGCUCCCACUGGUGCACCAACUACAGCCCAAACCAAUGGACAAGGUAACUAUGGUGAUCAACAGAAUCCAGCUCCAGCUGGACAGGUUGAUUAUACCAAGGCUUGGGAAGAGUACUACAAGAAAAUGGGUCAAGCUGUUCCUGCUCCUACUGGUGCUCCACCAGGUGGUCAGCCAGAUUACAGUGCAGCCUGGGCUGAAUACUAUAGACAACAAGCAGCCUACUAUGCCCAGACAAGUCCCCAGGGAAUGCCACAGCAUCCUCCAGCACCUCAGGGCCAAUAAUAAGAAGUGGACAAUACAGUAUUUGCUUCAUUGUGUGGGGGAAAAAUACCUUUGUUAAAUAUAUGGAUGCAGACGACUUGAUGAAGAUCUUAAUUUUGUUUUUGGUUUAAAAUAGUAGUUUUUUUUUUCUUUUGAAAAUGUACAAAAUAUCUAUCACUACUGAUAGGAGGUUAAUAUUUCUGUGUAGAAAUGAAAAUUGGUUUGUUUUUAGUAUUUAGUGUAGAUGUACACAUUCCAGCAAAUGUAUUUGCAACUAUUAUGUGGUCAAUGCUUUGUGAUAUAAAUGUACUUUUUCAAUGUAUACUUUCACUUUUAAAAUGCCUGUUUUGUGCUUUACAAUAAAUGAUAUGAAACCUCCUGUGUCGGUAAGUUGGAUAUGUGGGUAAAGAAUUCAUAAUUUCUUAGCAAUGAUAAAUUAAGAUACAUAUACACAAAUAUAUAAGCUUUCCCCAUGAAAUAUUAAUUGAAUUUUUAAACACUGGCAUGUUUUUUUUUUCCCCUUGCAGUAUAGUAAUAGAUUGGAGGAUCUUUUCCAUUUAUUGUAUUUGGCUGUUUCAGCACAAGUAAUCCUGAUAUCUUCUUUUUUUUUUUUUUCCUUCUGUUUGAUUAAAAACUGCAUGUGUAUACAAUGAUCUUUUGGCAUACUUCCAUUGAAUUAACAGUGAAAUUUCCUUUUAUACAUGACCACUGUUUCAGACCUGUACUGCUGCUAUAACAGUUAACCUUUCUGUUCUUAAUUUGAUAAUUACUUGAUUUCCAAGACUGUUUCAGCAUAACUAACUUUAAACAGUUUUCAGAUAGUGAAUAUGAGUAGUCUGAUAAGAACAGUUUUUUUCAUGUGAAGCAACUCUUUCAAUGUAUACGAUAUUAGUGUGUUUCUUUUUAAAUUAAGGGUAGAAAAGUGAAUAGUUUGCAAAAAAAGUAUAAUAGUUACAGUGCAUCUGCCAUUGAAACAUUAUUGAGAUAUGGAAAUGUUCAAGCUCUUUUCCUUUUUUUUCUUUUUGCAGUAUAGAUAAGCUUUGUUUUGUAAAUGCACAAGUCCAGUCAUUGAAUCAACUUAAUUUUUUUAUGUACUUGAAAUCAUUUUAUUACUCUAUGACACUCAUGCUGAAGUUUUGAUAUUUUGUUGAAAUCCAUUGUUUUACUCUGCAUAUUUGUUGGCUCUUUGCAUAUUAAUAUAUUAGACUACAUGCAAAUACAGUCUGUCUUGCCAUUGUCUGUUGAAGUGCAGGUUUGAUCCAGCCAGUAUAGAACUAGCUCUGUAGGGGUGAGGAGGACUGUGCUGUGUAUCAUCCUUGAUUGUGUUCCUUCAAGGAGCAUUGCACUGUAAGUACAUCAGAAUGACAAAUUGAUGAACUGCAACAGUAUCUUUUUGUCAAUGUUCCACAUAAUGUAAAUGCCAUACUUUGUGUGAAUAUUAUGUUGGAAUACAGUGCUGAUAUCUUGGAAAACCAUAAAUGCUUCUUAAUUUAACAUAGAAUAAUACAUAGGUCUUUUUUUUUAAGUGAGCUCAAUGGGUAAGUAUUUUUUAUAUGCUUUAGCUAUAGCUAAAGAAAACUGAUCAUUAACAAAAUUGAAUAGUAUUACUCAUUGGUGCUCCUAAAAUAUAUUGUUUUUCAGUAUAAUAUAUGCAUAUUUUGUAUAUUAAUAGUGAAAGACUUGAAAUGUAUCAGACAGAAGUGGUUUUCAGUUUGCAAAUAUAUUAAGCAAUGUAGCAGUUUUAACACCAUUUCAUAAAUAUGUUCUUUCAUUGGUAGGGAGCACCAUUUGUUGUUUUGAAUAUACUGUAAAGGAAGAUGUACAAGAACAUAAAUGUUGAGAUUACCUAGGGUAGAAAAUUAGCAGUACAGUUCAUUGUGGAUAUUUUGAAAUGUUUUUGAUUGUUUUAUAGAAGUUAGAGUGACUUCCAUUACCCUUAUGUAGAUAUGGAUAUGUAGCUCUAGUUUGAAGUUUAAUCCUUAGGGAGUUAGUUAUCUGUUAUCUUUAAGAGUAGGGUAUUGACAUGAACAAUUUCAGUAUUUUGCAUGAUACUGUUUUAUAGAUGACCUUUAGGAAAGUGGUACAUUUAUUAAUUAAACUGAAGAGAUAGUUCAGUUAGAUUCAAUAUCAUAACUCACAAAUUGGAGGCUGUUGAUUUUGAUUCAUUUAAACUUUAAAAUCUUUAUUAAUUGCAAACAGUGCAAUUAUUUAUGCUUCACAGUGCCUUCCCAGACCUUCCACCUUAGGUUCUGCUGCAAAAAGCAACAGGUAAGCACAACCUAAGGACAUAUAUAAAUAAAUAUUUCAGUACAUUAAUGUUGUCCCUGUGAGGUUUUUGUGGUUGUGUAUUCAAAAGCAAUCUGCUACUGCUUCCCCAAAAUGUAUCUUGUUAUUUAUGCUACUAUUUCAGUGGAAAGUCUGUAAGUUGUUCAAACAGCUGUUUACAUUUCUAGGUAAUGUUUUUAUUUUAAUUAAACAAGAAAGAAUGAUGAGUAGAUUGCUGCUGUAAUUGAACUACAUCACCCUUUGUAAUCUUUUCCCAUAGAAAAAUUGUUACAUUUAAGAAAAGGCAAUUACAUAGAUUUUAAGAUUUAGGAAGUCACUUGGUCAGAAAGUUCAACAGCCUUCACAAUCUUUUUAAGAUUUAUAGGACAUUUUCUUUGCCCUCCAAAGCUAUUGAGUCUUUGUUUUUUUCUUAUUCUUGAACUAGAGCAAUUCAGUAAGGCCAUUAUGGGUGAGAGUUUUAUUAUGUCUCCUUUUUAGACAGUUUGGGUUUUAUAACUUUUAUAUACACUGAA